UUAUGUCUAAAGUCAAUCAAUAAAAUAUGUUCAUACAAUAAGGAAUGUACUAUACACACAAAAUCGACCGUACUUUCGGCCUUUCUCCAUCCAAAUUGGACCUUCUUUAAACCUGUCAAUAUGAGGGCCCUUCUAGGUGCAAGAGUACUCGUUAGGAAUUGCCGGGUACCCACCUACUGGGUUAGAUGGUACAGCAGUGAGAUGAAAUUUCUGUCUCCGAAAGAGAUCUGCGAGAGGGCCAGGAAGGCCAUCGAAGCUAAGGCCAGAAAGUCGACGAAUUUAGCUCGCCCACGGCCAAGCGAUGCCAAGGAAUCAGAAACUGCUGCUCUGGAAAUUUUAUGUCGAGCAUUGGCAAACUCUUCAGGGUCCUCUUCCUGCACUGCCAAACCCAUGAAACCAUCAACAGGAGGCUCAAAUACUCAAAAAGCGAAAUGUCAAUCGAAUCAAUUGAGCAAUGAUCCACCGAAUAUUCCUCUGAUUCCCCCUGAAAACAUAAAGCAGGAACCUAACCAUCACCUAGAAAGAGCCAAGUCAGAAAAGCUAGAAAUAUUUAACUGCAAGACCUGCCACGAAGAUAGCGCAGGCGAAGACCUAGAAACAACCGGCUUGAGUUUAGUUAACUGCAAAAAUCACAAAUCAGUCUUAAAAGAAGAGCAGUCGACAAGUGCUGAUCCCUCAAGGCAAACGGCCUGUGUAGCUCCAAAAGCAAAUCCUCAAAAAUGUGAAGAAUCGGGUAAUUUUCCUCUGGCUAAGACAGAUGUUUGUUUAAGUCAAGGGAAACCUCAAAUUAAAGAUAAUACUGAAAAGCCGCAAGAUAUACUCCCGCUUAAAGAAGCUCAAGCAGAGAGCUCUCAAUCUGCAUCCCCUUUUCCAUUGGGGAGAAAUCCCUGUAGAGACGGCAACCGAAGAGAUGACGAGAUACCUAAGGGUACAGCCCUGAAUCGAAGCUUCUGCCCUGAAGAACACAUAAAAGCCGUACCUUGUCCUAAAAUUAAAAUAAAGGCUAGCUGCAAUAAAGAAAAAACAAAGGCUAGUACACAGAAUAUGCUCAUGAAACAUCCUGUUAAGGCAACUACCAAAAAAAGUGUUAACCCCAAGAGUGUGUCUCAAGGAAAUCUGAAAAGUGACGAAUCCAAGGCCAAAUUUCAAGUAAAGGCUUCACAAGAAGUUGCUGUUAAGCCAAAGGAAAAUAAAGUUAAACCAGUUAGUCCUCCAGAUGAUCCACCUCCGCUGCCAGGUUCAGAAUUUUCGUUUCCCUUACAGUCGGCUUUUCCAUUAGGAAGGAAUCCCUGCAGGGAUGGACCCCGAGGAGACAGCGAAAAGCAGCUCAAAGUAGAGGGCAAAGAAUGCGAAGCAAAGGGCAAAGAAAAAGUCCAAAAACCUGAGAAGAAAACUGAGAAAAAACCCGAAAAUGAGCCAAGCAAAGGAAAAGCCAACGAAUCCUUGCCAACGAGUUCUUGCCAAGGAAGGCCACAAAUUGACGCACCCAAGGCCAUCGCAAAACCAAAGCAUCAGAAAGUUAAACAAGAUGAUCCAUCCAAACCAGCACCUCAAACGCAGGGUACUAAUGAAUGGAAGAAACCACCGCUGCCAAGUUCCGAAUUUUCGUUUCCCUUACUCUCGGCUUUUCCAUUGGGAAGGAAUCCUUGCAGGGAUGGACCCCGAGGAGGCAACGAAAAUCAGCUCACAGUGGAGGGCAGAGAAUCCGAAGCAACGUGCAAUGAAACGGUCCAAAAACUUGAGAAAAAACCCGAAAAAGAACCAUGCCAAGAAAACACUAUCAAAGAUCCCUGCCCUUCUUGGAGGGCAACGUCUCAAAUUCCUACCAAUAAAAUAAAAGCCUAUACGGAUCAUCAAGAGAGUUGUACUGGCUUCAAACCUUCUGAACCUGUACCAACGAAACCCCUUAAAGAAGCUUCCGAAAAAGUAAUUUCUGAAGCUCAAAAAUCUACGGCCUCAAUUGCAAGCAAGGAUGUAUCAAAGAAUCUUGCAGCCUCCGAAAAAGUUAUUUCUGAAGCUCAAAAGUCUUCGGCAUCAAUUGCAAGCAAGAAAUUAUCACAGCAUCCGAAAAAGAAAUUCUCUUUUAAAGAAGACACCUUUAAGGAACCUGAAAAAUCGCCCGAUCUUAAGGAAUUUCCAGUGCCUCAACUGAAAGACACCAUCACGGCUUAUCUGGAGAGUAUUGAGCCCCUUCUCACAGCCAAAGAGUUCAAAAAGGAACUGAAGCUGACCGAAGAUUUCGAGAGGGAAGAGGGCCAGGAGCUGCAGCAAUUGCUGGAAGCGGCAGCCGGUAGUUGCAGCAACUGGUUGACUCCCCGGUGGACCCAAGCCGCCUACUUAGGCUAUCAAGCGCCCGUAACUGCCUUCACUAGUCCAGCAUUGUCCCUCCCAGUGCAAAACUUCAGUAAUCCCAAGGACGGCUACAUCUUUACGGCCCGAGCGAUUCGCGCCAUUUGCGAGUUCAAGGAGCUUGUGGAUCAAAACAAAAUCCCCGUGUUCAAAAUGGGUGAUAACGAUCUGGACAAUAGCCAGUAUUGCAAGAUCUUUGGCACGGUUCGUAAGCCAGGGAGAUUUUGCGAUACCAUCGAGCAGUACAGUGAUUCCAAUUACGUGGUGAUCGCCUACCGAAACAAUUAUUUUCAGUUACCCAUCCGUUCGUCUUCUGGAGGUCUGUUGAGUGUUACAAGUUUAGUGGAUGAACUGGAGGCCAUCGUCAACUGUCCUUUGACGAAGGGCGAACCUUAUGGCCUGCUGACCCACGACAAUCGUGGCAACUGGGCCGAGGCCUAUAAGGCGCUGUAUUGUCAGCCUGGUAAUGCGGAUACCCUAGAUGCUAUCGAGCAAUCUCUGUUCUUGGUCUGUCUGGAUGAAUGUGUGCCCGUGCCCAAGGGACAGGAAUGCAUUGUCCAGGCCCAACAACUUCUACAUGGCGGAGGACUGCAAGCGAACAGUGCCAAUCGUUGGAUGGACAAGACUAUCCAGCUAAUAGUGAAUCCCAACGGACUGGCAGGGUUCUGCUAUGAGCAUUCACCAGCCGACUGCCAACCGCUGGCCAUGCUGAUGGACUUUGUGGUUGAUAAAAUAAGCAAACAUGAGCCCGAGUCCGAGGCCGACUCCAACGACAGUUCAUGCUUGGCCAGGCAUCUGAGAUUCCAUCCAAAAAACGAAUACCUCAACCUGUGGCUCCAUGUCGCUAUGCGCAAUAUCGCAAAAAUCGCCGGCCAGCUGCAGAUACACGUCUUUGAGUACAAGUGCCAUGGAAAGGACUUCAUCAGGGCGCAGGGCCUCAAUUCUGAUAGCUACAUCCAGAUGGCUUUGCAACUGGCUUACUACAAUAUGCACCAGACUUUACCCGCCCAGUACGAGUCGGCACAUUUGAGGAUGUUCAUCGAUGGACGAACCGAGACCAUACGCUCCACCUCUAACGAAUCAAAAGACUUUGUCCUUGCCAUGAAUUCCCGGAAUGCCCCGGAAAAACGAAAGUUAGUAGCACUUCAAUGCGCGGUGGAUUUCCAUGAACAGCUGGCAAAACGUGCGCUCAGAGGCAAGGGCAUCGAUCGCCAUCUUUUUGGCCUACAACAGAUGGCCGUAGAGAAUGAUCUGCCAGUGCCGGAGUUUUUCAAAUCCAAGGGAUUCGUGCGAUCCAUCACCUACCAGCUGUUCAGCUCUCAAGUGGCCACCUCGCACAAGUCCUUCAUGGUCUGCGGUCCUUUGACUUGCGAUGGUUAUGGUUGCUGCUAUAAUCCCCAGGAGAAUAAUAUAACCCUUGCCAUCACCGCCUGGCAAUCAUCGCUUACCGUAAACCCCGAGCAAUAUGGAAAGGCCAUUAAGAAAUCUCUGGACAGCAUGAGGAAGCUGAUCCUGAAAACGGAAGGGAAAAGCGUAGGCGAGCAUCCUUGCCAUUGCGAGAAGAUUUGGACCUAGAAGGAACCCUUACUCGGGGAUACAUUUUUUGUUAUUCCGUUUUAUUCUAAAGAAAAAACUCAGUCUUUA